AUAUACAACCAAAAUUUUCAAUACUGAAUCACAACAAUGGCUUCCCAGGUCCCUCGUUGGAGUCUUGUCGCCAUCAUCUUUUUCUUGUCGUUUACAAUGCCGGAGAUGACAACUAAAUCAGUGCUCGCCAUCUUCCGACCAAGUCCUUGGAAGCUCGCCCAUGCCACCUUCUAUGGGGAUGAGACUGCAUCUGAGACAAUGGGAGGAGCUUGUGGUUAUGGAAACUUGUUCACAAAUGGGUAUGGCGUUGAUACGGUGGCUCUAAGCUCUACACUCUUCAACAAUGGCUACGCUUGUGGAACUUGCUUUCAAAUCAAAUGUGCUCAAUCCAAAGCUUGUUACCGUAAUGUUGCUUUCACGACGGUGACUGCAACCAACCUUUGCCCGCCAAAUUGGGCUAAACCUUCGGACAACGGCGGAUGGUGCAACCCUCCGAGGGUUCACUUCGACAUGUCGAAGCCAGCGUUUAUGAAGAUCGCCAAUUGGAAGGCUGGGAUCAUCCCUGUCGUGUACCGACGUGUCCCGUGCGGUAAAAAAGGCGGCCUUCGGUUCACAUUACAAGGAAAUGGCUACUGGCUUUUGGCGUACGUGAUGAACGUCGGUGGCGGCGGCGACGUGUCGGGAAUGUGGGUGAAAGGGAGCAAAACAGGUUGGAUCAAAAUGAGCCAUAACUGGGGAGCUUCAUAUCAAGCAUUUUCAACUUUGGUUGGCCAAUCUUUGUCUUUUAGAAUCACUUCUUACACAACCAAAGAGACCAUCACAGCUUGGAACGUUGCUCCUUCUAGUUGGAGGUUUGGUUUGACCUACAACGCCAACAUCAACUUUCGUUGAUGAUCUCUACAAAUUAUUCGAAGAGGCUGAUCAUACAAUCUGCAACAGCCAACGUUAGAAUAAUUAUUUUUGAAUUGUGUGUGAGGUGUUCAGACCACGGGGUAAUUUAAGUCAAUCUAACUUAAAUAUAUAUACUGUAAUGAAUUCAUUCUAGGUUUUGAAUUGAAUUGAGUUCAUUAUCUUAACGUGGACACCCCAAACUUUAUGUCAGGUUGCAUAUAUAAGGUCAUUUCGAAGCUUUUUGUCAUCUUAAAAGCCAAGCUAGGCCGUUGCAUAUCAUUUUAUAUAUUUGAAAGUUUUGUGUCUGUUAUAGGUAAAUGGGAAACUUCCAUUUAAUUAUGAUGUGUUUAUUAUUAUGGAAGUAGUAAUGUUUGAUAUAUAUAUAUAUGUGUGUGUGUGUAUGUAUAAAAUUGUAACCCAAUUAUUUGAGGUUAUGUAUUAUGAACUUGAAUUUUGUAUCA